AAGCGGCCCAGUAACUGCCCGUUCGUCUUCCAAAUGCAGAAGUCUGAGCUGAAGAAUCUGGAACAUCCAAACUCCGAGUGACUGCCAACUUUUCCAGCUCUCACUUUUUGUAAUGCAAACGCUACUUCCACCGGCGGCUCCCGCCGGCAUUUUCAUGGUGGCGCGGUCGGACUCGGGGGCAUCUUUAUCCCGUUCAGCUCCUCAUUUCCAUCGUCUAAGUCUGCGGCGAAACUGCUUUUCCUCCCUGUCUCUCAUCCCUCUUAAAUCUCUUCAACCUGUAAAAUCAUCAUAUUCCUCUUCUUUUCCUUCUUCCUCUGUCGGUACUCUUUAUGGACCAGCGAAACUCAGGUUCUCUGCAAAAUCAUAUUUUCAAGGUUCCCCCCCUUCCACUCCGUCCAAUGAUGAAUUGGAAGAAGCAAAACUUGCUCAGGUUUCAAAGAGGUUAGAGAAGACAGCGAGGUAUUUUAAGCGUUUGGGUAGUUUAGGAUUUUGGGGGCAGCUAGUCUGCACAGUGGUGGCUGCUGUCAUACUGUCAUUUUCCGUUGUUAUCACAGGCAAGAUUGCAUCACCGGCAACGUUUUAUGCUACCUCUGGUGGCUUAGUGGCUGCUUUUAUUUCUGUGUUUUGGUCAUUCGGAUACAUUCGGCUAUCAAGUAAGCUUCGAAGAACUGCCAAUAAGCCAACGAAGGCCCCUGCUCGUGCUGAUGUUGUGAAAAGCUUGAAAAAUGGUAUAGUGUUGAACCUUUUGGGAAUGGGUGCCGCAAUUCUUGGCAUGCAAGCCACAGUUGGAGCUUUGGUUGGAAAAGCUCUCACUUCCUCGGCCAAUCCUUAUUACUCAGGAAUGUCUCCUGGAUUCAGGCCUGUGCUUGCUCUGGAUGUCUUUUUAGUGCAGGCUUCAGCAAACACUAUCCUUUCUCAUUUCCUGGGGCUUCUUUUCUCGCUUGAGUUGUUGCGUUCAGUUACACUGCCAACAUCAGAAACUGUUCCAAUCCCAAAGCUUGCGUGAGGCCAGCGACCCAUGUUGUUGUUUGUGUGUGAGAUUGGCAGACUUGCCUCAUGUUGUGUUUGAUGUAAUUACUACCAAAAUAUGUCCUUGUUCUUGGGGUUUGUUUCCUUAAUGAAUAUUUAAUUCCGGGGUUGUGAGAUACUUCUGUUAGCCGAUUCAUGGGAUGUAUUGUGUUUGUAGUCUUUUAGUGAACCCUUUUUGGGAGCCAUAAUGAGGAGUGCAAUUUUGACUGAAGAGCUUUGUAUGUUUGCCCCAUCAUGUGCACGUACGACUAUUAAGAUGUAAAAUACUAAGUGCGACAUUGUGAAUUGUCAUCCAU